AGACUCCUUGUUGGAGCGCCCAAGGAGAAGGCAGAGUCCGGCGUGAAGGCCAGUGAAACAGGAGAUGUGUAUACCUGCCCUGUAAAUGUUGCCCAAUCAGAUUGCACCAGGAUGAACCUGAUUGGCUCAGGUAGGCAUUGUGUUUUUGCACUUGUUGCUCAGAGUUUCUAAUUCUGCUUUAAAAAUGUAAGGAAAUAUUAUAGAACAUUUGGACUAAGAAUAGAUUACUGAUUGCUCUACAAAAGGUACUAUCCAUGGAAAACAUUAAUAUCGUCACAGAGGAAAUGUUAAUAACAAAUCAACUGAAAUAAGGGAUGUGAAGAGGAACAUAAGGAAGUAAUUGGUUCUGGUUCCUAAAACAAAUGCCUUAUUGUUGUAUUUUAUGAAACCCAAAGCACAGUGAUGAUGAGUGUUGUGAUAUACUGUGACCUUCGACCUUUCAGACCCUGACCUCAUUGAGGGUGAGGACAGAGUUGAGGAUAUGUGGCUGGGGGUGACUGUGGCCAGCCAGAGACAGCCAGGGGGGCGAAUUCUGGUGAGUAACUUCUUGUCUGCUUAUUAAAGCUUAAUUGGUUCAAAAGGCCAUCAGUCACUCUCCUCUCGUGACCCUCCAGACCAGCAAGUUGGAUCUCCUUUCUGAGUUUACAGAACAGAUUAGUGUAAAUUACAGCAAAGAAUGUUAAAAUGCAUUAAAGAUUGAUAUGAAUGAUUCUCUCUCUCUCUCUCUCUCUCUCUCUCUCUCUCUCUCUCUCUCUCUCUCUCUCUCUCUCUCUCUCUCUCUCUCUCUCUCUCUCUCAGACCUGUGGCCAUCGCUUUGUGAAGUUAUACGGCGUAUUGAAGCUGCGUCAGAUGAUUGGGAAGUGUUAUAUCCGUGGUAACGACCUGAACUAUAAUGAAACAGACAUGCACUGGCAGAACCCUGAUCAGGUGUGCAGCCACACUAAAGACAUCACAGGCGAGGUCAUGUGCAACAUGGGCAUCUCUGCUGCAAUCACUGACACAGAGGUCAUCGUGGGCGCCCCUGGCAGCUUUGAGUGGCAAGGUAGGCAUAGAUUUGUUUGAGACUGCAAAAAAUACAUCCCACAGGGACAAUACAGUCAGUAAAGUUAAGUACAGUCAUGACCGAAAUUAUUGGCACCCUUGAUAAAGAUGAGCAAAAAAGACUACUAUAUGAACGUAUUUUAUAUUCAUAUAUUUUUUCAGAGAAAAUGAUUUGUAUCACAAAGAUAGGGGUACAAAAUUAUUGGCACCCAUGUUUUCAAUACUCCGGCACCUUCCCCUUGCGAGGAUAACGGCACUGAGCCUUUUUGUAAAAUGUUUUAUGAGAUUGGAGAACACAUUGGGAGGGAUCUCAGGCCAUUCCUCCAUACAGAAUCCUUCCAGAUCAUUAAUAUAAUUAGUCUGCACUUAUGUACUGCCCUCUUCCAUUCAAACCACAGGUUUUCAAUGGGGUUCAAGUCCGGAAAUAUGGAUUUUGUGGUCAAUUAACAAUUUCUUUGUGGAUUUUGAUGUAUGCUUGGGGUUAUUGUCUUGCUGGAAGAUCCACUUGUGCCCAAAUAGCUCUAUUUUCAUUUAAUAUAACAAAUGUAAAAACCUGGGGGCCAUUCUUGCAAACAUUAGAAAAAGUUUAAGAAUCAGCCAAUUAAAAUCGUUGACGCAGUUGCAUGUGAUCAAAGGCUACAUGUUAAGCCGAUGUCAAACGAAGUAAUCUGGACGCAAUUUAUGUUGCUUGCAACAAAGUUGCAUCUGGGUUUCUCCGUGUGUCACCCCCCCAGACCUUUUUUUGUCCAGUUUCAACUGAAAUUGUCCAACAUGAACUGCACUAUAUAGCUAGCUGGCUUAGCUCGUCGCUAGCUUGGUUAGCUAGCUAGCUUGAUAAAACAUGGUUUGCAAAUGUAGCUAAAUGUACAGCCAGCAUUUUGUCUAUAUCGAUGCUGUUACAAUUACCAAACGUUUGGAUAAACAAGUAAUUUAUGAAACCAUGAUCUGAUGUAUGACAGCAUUGGAUGUUGUAUGCAAUUUCAAUUACGUUUGAAUUGCUUCGUGUAUCAGCAAAGUUGCUUAAAAUGAUGCCACUUGCAACUUGCAUCUGCAACAGAAAUUGCUUUAGCUGUCCCCAUCACAAAAAUCUGGUACAAAAAAAAGCCCUAUGCUAAUCUCACCAGAUGGCUAUGAUUAUAUCCGGUUCAAAUUUCGUAUCAGCUAAUUAAAAUCAUCUUCCUAGUUGGAUGUGAUACAACACUUUUCCAUGAGAGCGUCCUUAACAGCACGCUGCACCAUCUGCUAAUUAAAGUUACUAAAACACGCAUCAAUUUUCAACUGGACGAUUAGCUCACAUUGUUGCAAGCCUGGAUCCUGGUGAUUAUCGCCGUUUGCAGCAAGUUUGAGAUAUAUUUUUUUCCCUUGAAAUGUAUAUUAAAAUUGAUUGUGUUAGCAUGUUGUGAAGAGAAGUGCAGCCAAAACCUUUUAAAUGAAGAUUACGAAUACAUUUAAUGAGGAGCUUCUUGUUGGAGUUCCUUUUGCAGACCGACACAUACUAUAGUAUAGGCUAUAUUACAUAGACGUGUAGGCCUACACUUACAUGUACAAUGUUUUAUAUGCAUUAUUAUUAUCACCCGACCAGCCGAGAACAGUGAACAGAGAACAGUGAACAGUGCUUGAAGCAAAGGGGGCUCAAACCCACAGUGAAUGAGCACUGUUGUUUUCGAGUGAACUGCUUUAGCAGUGUGUGCCACACAGUCAUGCAAUCUCCAUAGACAAACAUCAGCAGUAGAAUGGCCUUACUGAAGAGCUCAGUGACUUUCAACGCGGCACUGUCAUAAGAUGCCACCUUUCCAACAAGUCAGUUCAUCAACUUUUUGCCCUGCUAGAGCUGCCCCGAUCAACUGUACGUGCUGUUAUUGUGAAGUGGAAACGUCUAGGAGCAACAACGGCUCAGCCGCGAAGUGGUAGGCCACACGAGCUCACAGAACGGGACCACCGAGUGCUGAAGCGCGUAGCUCGUAAAAAUGGACUGUCCUCAGUUGCAAUGCUCACUACCGAGUUCCAAACUGCCUCUGGAAGCAAUAUCAGCACAAUAACUGUUAGUCAGGAGCUUCAUGAAAUGGGUUUCCAUGGCCUAGAAGCCGCACACAAGCCUAAGAUCACCAUGCGCAAUGCCAAGCGUUGGCUGGAAGUGGUAUAAAGCUCGCCGCCAUUGGACUCUGGAGCAGUGGAAACGCGUUCUCUGGAGUGAUGAAUCACGCUUCACCAUCUGGCAGGACGAAUCUGAGUUUGGCGGAUGCCAGGAGAAUGCUACCUGCCCGUAUGCAUAGUGCCAACUGUAAAGUUUGGUGGAGGAGGAAUAAUGGUUUGGGCUCGGCCCCUUAGUUCCAGUGAAGGGAAAUCUUAACGCUACAGCAUACAAUGACAUUCUAGAAGAUUCUGUUCUUCCAACUUUGUGGCAACAGUUUGGGGAAGGCCCUUUCCUGUUUCAGCAUGACAAUGCCCCUGUGCACAAAGCAAGGUCCAUACAGAAAUGGUUUGUCGAGAUCGGUGUGGAAGAACUUAACUGGCCUGCAAAGAGCCCUGACCUCAACCCCAUCGAACACCUUUGGGAUGAAUUGGAAUGCAGACUGCGAACCAGGCUUAAUCGCCCGACAUCAGUGUCCGACCUCACUAAUGCUCUUGUGGCUGAAUGGAAGCAAGUCCCUGCAGCAAUGUUACAACAUCUAGUGGAAAACCUUCCCAGAAGAGUGGAGGCUGUUAUAGCAGCAAAGGGGGACCAACUCCAUAUUAAUGCCCAUGAUUUUGGAAUGAGAUGUUCGACAAGCAGGUGUCCACAUAGUUUUGGUCAUGUAGUGUAGACUGACCAGGUGAAAGGGGGGGGGGGGGGGGGGGGGGGGUUGCUACUCAAUAUUAGGAAGGUGUCCUUAAUGUUUUGUACACUCGGUGUAGAUGCGAAAGUGAGUCUUAUGAAUUGGUAACAUUAGGAAGUACCCUAGUCAUAGAUGCGAUGAUCAUGCAAUAUUGGUACGCUACACUUGAGACAGACCAAGUGAAGGGGAACAAAAGUAAACCUUGAAUUUACAGGUUUGAAUAUAUUCCUCUGGUGGCCAAGUUAACCUAUUUUAAGAAAUGCCAUUGGUGUGUGGAGAAAAAGUUAAAGAUCUUUGAUAGGCUGAUUCGAAAUUUGUUACAAUAAAUAAUCCUGGCCACCUGGUGAGGGUUAGCUUUGGGCUAAAUGUACCAGGUUAUGUGAUGGAAACAGCUAACAUGUAGCCUUUGAUCACAUGCAAAUACGUCAAUGAUUUUAACUGGCUGAUGCUUAAACUAAAACUUUAAUUUUUUCUCAUGUUCGCAAGUAUGGACCCCUGGAGUUUGCUAAACUGCAUUGGCACUUGGAUUGGAACCGGUGCUAUGGUCAGAUGACAUGAAAAUAGAGCUCUUUGGCCACACACACCAGUGGUGUGUUUAUCGUUGAAAGAAAGAUGCAUAUACAGACCAGAACCCCAAACCUACUGUAAAAUAUGGUGAUGGAUCUUUGAUGUUAUGGGGUUAUACUGGUCCUGGGGCCCUUGUUAAGGUCAACGGCAUCAUGACCUUUACCCAGUACCACAUAACUGUUAUCCAAAAACCUGGUUGCCUCUGCCAGGAGGCUGAAACUUGGCCGCAAGUGGAUUAUCCUGUAUUAUUUAUUAUACUUUAUCAAGGGUGCCAAUAAUUUUGGUCAUGACUGUAUGUUAGCCUGGUCUGUGUGUGUGGUAUAGUCAACACAUAUGGUCAUUGUCAUGCUAAUUGUGCCCGUUUUUGUGGUUAUUUCAUAUUUUGUUCCAAAAUGUCAGUGUGUUGUUCUGCUUCUCUUUCAGGCAAUGUUCAUGUCUCCUGGAUGAACCCAAAGGUCAUCUAUGACACCAAGAGAAGCAGCUUCCCCAACUUUAAUAAUCGACGGCACAUUUACAUAGGUACAAUUUUGUCUUGCGUUACCCACGAAACUUCUAUAAACAGAUUUGAAUUGAACCGGGUUUUUAAGUAAAGAGUGAAAAUGUCGUGUGUGUUUUCUGUUGUCAGUUAACCUAUGUUGUUAGUAUGUCAGUAUGUAGUAGUUAGGACAGAGUGGCUGCAUGGCCAGAUUUCCUAGAUGCCUCUUCCCGAUAGCUAAACAACCGUACCUUCUGCGCAUGUGCAUGAUUCUCUACUUUACGAACAAUUUCUUAAGAUUAAGAUCAGAUCACGUAAGUUAGUAAUAGGAUGUUGUUUGUUGUUGUUGUGUCCCAGGCUACUCGGUGGCAGAGGGCCGAGGCCUCCUCAGCCAGGACCAGGACACAGUGGUGACAGGGGCUCCUAAGGAUAACAAGGAUGAUGCCAAAGGCUCGGUCAUUCUGACUGUGAAGAAGAUGUCGGCUUCAGGGGACAGGGACCAGCUGAAACCCUACCUCACCCUGCGAGGCGAGCAGAUGGGGUCCUACUUUGGGAACUCCCUAGCCGUGGCAGACCUCAACAAUGAUGGGUACAGUAUGGAUUGCAACUUCGUCUUACUUACUUACUUACUCCUCUUAAUCCCCAUGGGACAUAAGUAACUUGUUUUAAAUCAUUGAUAUCGCUUAUUUUGGAAUUAAUUUAGCUGCAAUAUCAAUUCUUCCUGAAUUGUCUUAAUUGAAAUAUUAUUGACCGAACCCUGUUAGUUACUAACCCUGUCAAUGAAACCACACUUUCUUUGUUUGCACAUUUUCGUAGUUGGAAUGAUCUGAUCAUUGGAGCCCCGUUCUAUUUUGAUCGGAAGAAGGAGCUUGGUGGAGCGGUGUACGUCUAUAUGAACGAGAACGGCUCCUUCCGGCAGCGCUCCAGCAUCAUACUCCGAGGCCCUAGAGACUCUGCGUUUGGAAUGGCUGUGGCUGCCAUUGGAGAUGUCAAUCAAGAUGGCUUUCAAGGUAACAUUUUUUAUUUUAUUUAAUUUCUCACACUUAUAAAGAAAAUGAGGUUGAAUCUGUUCCUUAAAAGUUAUGUGGUGGUGGCUCCCUCUUGUGGUUUUAACAGGAUCUUAAAUGUAAAAAACGAAAUUGAAUUCCACUUAUUAAUAAUGUCUGCAGACAUACUGUACCUAGGAUAGGAAGUAGUUAAAGGCCCAGUGCAGUCAAAAACGUGAUUUAUAUAUACUUCCACUCUAUGAGAUUGGAAUAAUACUGUGAAAUUGUGAAAAUUAUGAAAAUGCACUUUUAGUGUAGGAGCUGUUUGGAAAGACUGCCUGGAAUUUCAGCCUGUUUUGGUGGGAUGGAGUUUAGACCUGCCUGGUGACAUCAUCAGGCUGUAAAUUUGUUAAUAGACCAUUAUACCACAGCAUUGUUGAAUACUAGUUUCUGAUUGCUUAGAAGGGCAUUCUAGAAUGGACAUUAAAACCGGAUAGCGGGACAGUUGGAAAAGAUAUCGGGAAAGUUGGAAAAUAUAUCGGGACACCUUGCAAUCAUGACGCAAAAUGUGUCUACACAUGCAGACCGUACUUACUACAAAGUUACAGACAGCUAAACAAACAACCACACAAACCGAAAUUGGAUACAUUGUAAACGCAGGCCCAACAAGGAAGAACUUAGCAAGCAUUGAUUUGUCUUUGCAGAAACAUCUUUUUUUGGAGCAUCUGAUAACCUAACGUGGUGAGUGAUGAACUUGAAUUUCUCCGGUCCCUAUGUUGCAGUCACGACGCAAGUGGGGCUAUGCUGUCAAAUCCUCCCACAUGUUUCUAGUUUGACCAGCUGUUUUCAGCAACUGGUAUUUUUUAAUUUGGUUGUCAUAUUGGCAGGUUUGCUAGCAACUAACUAUUUAGAUCGUUUCUAGCCUAGUGUUUGAUAUGCAAUGUGAUCUUCCCGCAAUGAACAGUAUUAGGUGUCCUGACGAGAAGGCAAACUUUUCUAGCUAUGCCAGGCAAAAUCGGGCAUCAUCAGCUCAACGUUAUGGAUGUAUCCAAAUUAAUGUCAAUAGAAAACAGCUUAAACAAAUGCAAAUGCAGCUACUUUGCUGUUAUUCUGGCUGCAGAGGUUGUGACUGUGUUAGCCAUAGCUAGUUGGCUACAGUAGCUAGCAAGCAAGGGACAAGAACGUUGCCAGCGAGCAUGGCAACAAUGGAACAUAUAGAACAAACAACUGGGUCGCGGCCAUAAAUAUCGAACUAAUCGAAUGAACCAAAAGAUGAUAGAUUAUGAAUUCUCUUAUAAAGAUGAAAAUAUCAACACAUUUUUUUUAUUUCUACCGUUAAAUGUGGGCUUUAGUAUUGUUUUAUUUGGCAACUGUGGUAUAAGCGGGAUAAACACCUCCGUUCUGUACAUUAUCUUGGAAAAAUGUACUUCGCUGCGUCAUCCAUAUUUCCAAGGUAAAGUACAGAACCUCUGCGUUUAUCCCUUACUUAAGAAAGAGCAUUCCAAACCUCAGUGCCAAUAACAGCUAGUUUUCAGUUUUCCCCUCCCCACUCAGACCACACCUAGACAGUCCUAGCAAAAUGAAAAACAAUCACAGUAAGGUACUUAACUGUUACCCAGAAAUGAUUUGAUAUUGAGAUGAAAACGGCUGCAUUGGACCUUUAAUCUCUCAUAAUGUCUAUGACACUGGUAUUGCAAAUCUAUCAUGUGCCUUUCUGACAUGAAUCAAAGCUGUUUGAAUGGGAUUUUGAAAACAUUUUACUCUCACUCAGUAUUGGCUCAGUGCUGAGUGCUGACAUUAAACAAGGCUUUUGGAGACCUUUGUUGGAGACACAAGGGCCUAUAAUCUCUUUCUCUUUCUCUCCCCCUCCCCUCCUAGAUUUUGCGGUGGGUGCUCCGUUCCAUGGAACAGGCAGGGUGUUAAUCUGGACAGGCAGUGCUCAGGGCAUCUCUCAGGAGCCCAGUCAGGUAUGGAAACACACCCUUAGGCAUAGGAUCUAGGAUCCUCCCUAACUCCUUUUUUUUUUUUUUUUUACCUUUAUUUAACUAGGCAAGUCAGUUAAGAACAAAUUCUUAUUUACAAUGACGGCCUACACCGGCCAAACCCGGACAACGCUGGGCCAAUUGUGCGCCGCCCUAUGGGACUCCCAAUCACGGCCGGUUGUGAUACAGCCUGGAAUCGAACCAGGGGGUCUGUAGUGACGCCUCAAGCACUGAGAUGCAGUGCCUUAGACCGCUGCGCCACUCGGGAGCCCAACUCCUAACCUUAGCCAUAAGGGUAUUAAAUGUAAAACUGACGUCAGAUCAGCAUCUACGGGUAACUUCAUCCUAUGGGGCUCAUGGUGAGGAGAGAUGCAGAGCUGAACAGAUGAGGAGCGAUUUCUGUUACAACAUCUGGUUGUUGUAUUGACUUCCCUCUUCUCAGGUGAUUGAGGGGGAGGAUAUAGCUGGAGGUGGGUUCAAGACGUUUGGCUACUCCAUCAACGGAGGGCUGGAUGUGGAUGGGAACCGCUACCCCGACAUGGUGGUCGGCUCACUGGACGACCGCGUAGCCUUACUGAGGUAGCUAAUCACAAUAAGGAUCUGUUGUUGCAUUUACAUGUAUAUUGUGUUUUCGGCCAUCUCAGUUCUCAUCCCUCGACCAGACAUAUUGUUUAAUGCACAGCAAACCUAUUGUAUCAACCAUAAAUCCAUGAUGUCAUGUUAUUAUCUAUUUUAUCAGGGCUCGCCCAGUCAUUCACCUCAUCAAAACUCUUGAAGUGACGCCAGAGAUUGUGGACCCUAAAGACUGCGACAACUGGUAAGAUUUUGUUUUGUAUACAUUGAUUUGGACAUCAUUCUCUUUUCAAUGCUUGAGGAUACUCAAUGUUUCAGCAAUAGUGAUUAAACCCAUCUUAUGACCCUGAAUAGGGAAUCCCUGAUCAUUUGAGUAUGUUUUUCUAUGUUGGCAGUGUGGAGGUGGAGGUCUGUUUCUCCUACACACUGAGUACUGGGGACAAGGACUUCAGGAAGAACGUCAGUGAGUGUGGUUCUGUAACAACAUUGUUCUUAGAUGACCACUGCUCUAACACUAACACCGCUAUUUUAGUCAUUCAAGUGAUCUUACGACAAGAUUGCCAACAUGUAUGAAUGUCAUUUCCUAAGCUAAUGGAAUUCAAUUCAGUCCAUUCAAUUCAAUUUGGUUCAAUUGAUUUCAAUUCAAUAAAGUUUAUUUCUCCCCAAGGUACAAUUGUAAGCCAAGGAUGCAUCGCGUUAACAUGAGUCCUAAAUGGCCAUGGUGACUGUUGGUUUCAUUUGUGCCUAGCUAUUAACUAAUUGGUGAAAGUGAUUGAUUGGCAAGAUGGUCCAGCCAAUUAGCGCAGGUUGUUCAUCAAAAGGGGGAGGGUGUAAAUUAGCAAGACAUUGGUGGAGUUCGCUUUGCAUGGCCCCGUGCCCUGGGUGGGGCAUUGGUCCUUAAGUGAAAUCUCCACCCACCCGGGGAACCGGGCCAUGCAAAACGAACUCCACCAUUGUUACCCUUGAACCUAUGAGCUUGUCAAGAAACACACGCAUAACAUCUCUAAAAUUAUAUUUUUUAUGACAUCACUGGCUUGGUCCCCUUUCUUUUUUCGCCAAAAUCAUAAAUCAAAUGACAGAUACCUAAUAGUAUUAUCUAAAUAAAUCUUAUGUCUGGCAUACAAUAUGUAUGCAACCACAACUGUUGGUUUCAAAUGUACACAAAGCCUACUUGCGCUUAUUGUUUUUAUUGAUUGAAGCCACAUUUGUAUUCAAACAAUGGGGAUAAAAGCUGCUAAAUUAAUGAAUAAAUGUCCAAUUAUAAAUUCAUUGAAUUAGAUUAAACAAUUGUUGAUAUUCCCUGUAGUAUGUAUUCUAGCAUUUUGUCCCAUGUCCUCUCAGCUGUGAAGUACACUGUGGAAGCCGACCUGACUCGGCACAACCACCGGGUCCGUUUCCAAGACAACGGCCAGGACAGCUACACUGGCUUCUUGUCAAUGCCAUCUGCCAAAUGCAAAACGCUGAGGCUCGGACUAGUGGUAAGGAACUGUCACUGACAUAACCUAUUGUGACCUUGGACUGGGUUUGGUUUUACAUUCUACUCCUCCAGGGUCAAAGCCCUGUAUGGUUACUAGUGUAUAUAUUAGGGAUACCAUUAGCUGUUGCAAAGGCACCAACUACUCUUCCUGGGGUCCAAACACAUUAAAGCACUUACAUUACAUAUAAAACAAAAGAUAAAACAGUACAUCAUAUAACAUUAUUACAUCACUACAUAUCUACAAUGCAAAAUGUACACUGCUCAAAAAAAUUAAGGGAACACUUAAACAACACAAUGUAACUCCAAGUCAAUCACACUUCUGUGAAAUCAAACUGUCCACUUAGGAAGCAACACUGAUUGACAAUACAUUUCACAUGCUGUUGUGCAAAUGGAAUAGACAACAGGUGGAAAUUAUACGCAAUUAGCAAGACACCCCCAAUAAAGGACUGGUUUUGCAGGUGGUGACCACAGACCACUUCUCAGUUCCUAUGCUUCCUGGCUGAUGUUUUGGUCACUUUUGAAUGCUGGCGGUGCUUUCACUCUAGUGCAGGGACGGCUUGUUCAAUAGGGCGAUAUGGGCGACGCACUGCCAAACGGGAAAAGGAAGGGAUUUUUUUUCUAAUCAAUUAUAUCACGGCAACAGCAGUUAUCAGUGUUCACGUCUGAUCUGCCAGCCACUAAAUGUCAAAUCAGGCUAAAGUCGUGCUUCAAAUGGCCCCGCCCGUUUUUGGGGCGAUUUCAGUCAAGUUGAAAAUCGCCCAGAAGUCUCUCAUAGCCUGUCAUGUAAAAUCUAUUUUUUUCACAUUUCAAAGCUUUCAAUACAUUCUCUAUGGGUGUCUGUGGGCUUGCACUUACGCGCUUUCGUCAUACGUGACGUAACGUUGAACGUAACUAAGACAAUGGCGGCUAGAAGCGUCUCUGUUGCGACCUGCAGUGCGGCGUUAUUUUAUGUUUUUAAUUUGUAGACUUAGUUUACAAACAUUCUGCCAACCAUGGAUUUCCAGUGGUUGGUUUUGGACUGAUCUUGUUGAUCGUGUACAUACCCGCUACGAACGGACUAAAUAAUGAAAACGCUGCUGGCAGCUGAAUCCCAAUACAGCUGGGAGACUUGGCUGGAUGAGUCCCGGACAGAGAAGUGGAGCCGGCCACCUUCACCCUGGUCAGAGCGGACCGCGAUCCUGGUAAGAGAGCGACUCUGUACCCCGACAUUGAACUGCUUUCUGUGUCAUUGCGACCUUACUAUCAAUUCAAUUCAAUUUAAGGGCUUUAUUGGCAUGGGAAACGUGUGUUAACAUUGCCAAAGCAAGGGAAGUAGAUAGUAAACAAAAGUGAAAUAAACAAUAAAUAUUAACAGUAAACAUUACACUCAGAAGUUUCAAAAGAAUAAAGACAUUUCAAAUGUCAUAUUAUGUAUAUAUACAGUGUUGUUACAAUGUGCAAAUAGUUAAAGUACAAAUGGGAAAAUAAAUAAACAUAAAUAUGGGUUGUAUUUACAAUGGUGUUUGUUCUUCACUGGUUGCCGUUUUCUUGUGGCAACAGGUCACAAAUCUUGCAGCUGUGAUGGCACACUGUGGUUUUUCACCCAGUAGAUAAGGGAGUUUAUCAAAAUUGGGUUUGUUUUCGAAUUCUUUGUGGAUCGCUGUAAUCUGAGGGAAAUAUGUGUCUCUAAUAUGGUCAUACAUUUGGCAGGAGGUUAGGAAGUGCAGCUCAGUUUCCACCUCAUUUUGUGGGCAGUGUGCACAUAGCCUGUCUUCUCUUGAGAGCCAGGUCUGCCUACGGCGGCCUUUCUCAAUAGCAAGGCUAUGGUCACUGAGUCUGUACAUAGUCAAAGCUUUCAUUAAGUUUGGGUCAGUCACAGUGGUCAGGUAUUCUGCCACUGUGUACUCUCUGUUUAGGGCCAAAUAGCAUUCUAGUUUGCUCUGUUUUUUUGUUUGUUCUUUCCAAUGUGUCAAGUAAUUCUCUUUUUGUUUUCUCAUGAUUUGGUUGGGUCUAAUUGUGUUGUUGUUGUUGUUGUUGUUGUUGUUGUUGUCCUGGGGCUGUGUGGGGUCUGUUUGUGUUUGUGAACAGAGGCCCAGGACAAGCUUACUUAGGGGACUCUUCUCCAAGUUCAUCUCUCUGUAGGUGAUGGCUUUGUUAUGGAAGGUUUGGGAAUCGCUUCCUUUUAAGUGGUUACUAUCUGCCCCGUGAGUUCCCCCAAUUGUUUGUUACCGUUGUGUACUGUUGAUAAUCACAAGUUUACUGGAGAACUGAGACCAAGUAGAGACUUUGGACAGGGUGGAUAUGGUAUAAUAAAGGCAGUUUAUUCAGAGGUAAAGAUAUCUGGAAUCGCGUGCACGGACUCGUGCACGUGUGUAGGUCACCUAAAUCAUCAGAAAAAUUGCCCCUCCUGAGAAUUUUUUCAGGAGCCGCCACUGCUCUAGUGGUAGCAUGAGACGGAGUCUACAACCCACACAAGUGGCUCAAGUAGUGCAGCUCAUCCAGGAUGGCACAUCAAUGCGAGCUGUGGCAAGAAGGUUUGCUGUGUCUGUCAGCGUAGUGUCCAGAGCAUGGAGGCGCUACCAGGAGACAGGCCAGUACAUCAGGAGACGUGGAGGAGGCCGUAGGAGGGCAACAACCCAGCAGCAGGACUGCUACCUCCGCCUUUGUGCAAGGAGGAGCAGGAGGAGCACUGCCAGAGCCCUGCAAAAUGACCUCCAGCAGGCCACAAAUGUGCAUGUGUCUGCUCAAACGGUCAGAAACAGACUCCAUGAGGGUGGUAUGAGGGCCCGAAGUCCACAGUUGGGGGUUGUGCUUACAGCCCAACACCGUGCAGGACGUUUGGCAUUUGCCAGAGAACACCAAGAUUGGCAAAUUCGCCACUGGCGCCCUGUGCUCUUCACAGAUGAAAGCAGGUUCACACUGAGCACAUGUGACAGACGUGACAGAGUCUGGAGACGCCGUGGAGAACGUUCUGCUGCCUGCAACAUCCUCCAGCAUGAUCGGUUUGGCAGUGGGUCAGUCAUGGUGUGGUGUGGCAUUUCUUUGGGGGGCCGCACAGCCCUCCAUGUGCUCGCCAGAGGUAGCCUGACUGCCAUUAGGUACCGAGAUGAGAUCCUCAGACCCCUUGUGAGACCAUAUGCUGGUGCGGUUGGCCCUGGGUUCCUCCUAAUGCAAGUCAAUGCUAGACCUCAUGUGGCUGGAGUGUGUCAGCAGUUCCUGCAAGAGGAAGGCAUUGAUGCUAUGGACUGGCCCGCCCGUUCCCCAGACCUGAUUCCAAUUGAGCACAUCUGGGACAUCAUGUCUCGCUCCAUCCACCAACGCCAUGUUGCACCACAGACUGUCCAGGAGUUUGCGGAUGCUUUAGUCCAGGUCUGGGAGGAGAUCCCUCAGGAGACCAUCCGCCACCUCAUCAGGAGCAUGCCCAGGCGUUGUAGGGAGGUCAUACAUGCUCGUGGAGGCCACACACACUACUGAGCCUCAUUUUGACUUGUUUUAAGGACAUUACAUCAAAGUUGGAUCAGCCUGUAGUGUGGUUUUCCACUUUAAUUUUGAGGGUGACUCCAAAUCCAGACCUCCAUGGGUUGAUAAAUUUGAUUUCCAUUGAACAUUCAACGAUGUAAAGAAAAAAGUAUUUAAUACGAUUAUUUCAUUCAUUCAGAUCUAGGAUGUGUUAUUUUAGUGUUCCCUUAAUUUUUUUGAGCAGUGUAUAAUACCACCAUACAACAAUAUUACAAUGUAGGUGUGUGUAAAAUGCGUAUGCUAGCACUUGUGUGCGUAUUACCCUAACCAUGUUUUCUAACCAUGUCUCGCUGUCUGUCCUGUAGAGUCCCAUUCGAGACAAGGUGGAGCCCGUAGUCUUCUCCCUAAACGUGUCUCUCCAUGAGGGGCAUCCCAAAGCCCGGCAGUCCCUGCAGAGCCUGGAUGCCUUCCCUGUGCUAAGUGAGGGAAAGGCCAGCCAUGUCAAAAAGGAGGUUAGACCUAAUGUUUACUGAGUUAAUGAUUGAUAACAAGGUGUGACUACUCAUAAUACUGUUUUGAAAGUUCCCCUUGACACAGAAUCUCCACUUCACUAUUUGUGUGUGUGAGUCUUCAGUUACUGCCCACGCUUUGUACACUGGGGUUUGUUGAUAGUGUGCAGGAUGAAAAUAAUAUUAGCUCUGUAGAGAAUAAGUAUACUUGCUUUUAACUUCUCUCUCUCCCUCCCCUCUUACUAUAUCCCCCUCCCUCCCUCCCUCCCACAGAUUCACUUCCAGAAGGCCUGUGGCCUGGACAAUAAGUGCCAGAGUAACCUGCAGAUGAAGGCAGAGUUUGCCAAAACCAAUGAAGAGCAGACACCUUUCCCCAGGUACAGUCAUCAGAGGUCAGGGAUCAAAGGUCAUGACUAGAGGUAUAGGAGGGAUAGUUCAAAGUGUCAUCAGCUAUAUGAUUGGUGGCUUGAGAGGAACGUAAACCAUAGAGGUUGACAUUGAAUAAUGCAAGUUGUUGUGACCAAGACAUCAAAUCCUGUGUUUGUUGUGAAUCUCCCUGUACAGCCAUGACGGUCACCAGAUCCUCCAGUACAGCGCCAGUGUCAAGAAGGUCCUGUUGGUCGUGGAUGUGACCAACUUCCAGUCGCCAGGGCAACCGGCGGAGGACGCUCACAACGCCAUGCUCAAUGUCACCAUUCCCCCGUCGCUGAUCUACUCUGGCGUUCGCUCAAAGGUAAGCCUGCUAUGCUGUGCUACUCUGGUGUCUCCCUGUGGUGUAAUAGGGUGAAAUUGCCCCUAGACGCUGAUCUUGGGUCAGUUUAGCAUAUCCUCUAUUAAUGGUUAAGGUUAGGAUUGAGGGUGGGGAAACUGAUCCUAGAGCUGUACCUAGGGGAAACUUAACCCCGAAGCCUCUAUUGUGGUGUGUAACAGAGAUAAUUACAUUUACAUCAUUUAGCAGACACUCUUAUCCAGAGCGACUUACAAAUUGGGGCAUUCAACUUAUGAUAGCCAGUGGGACAACCUAGUUUUUUUCUUUUUCUUUCUUUUAUGGGGGGGUGGGGGAGGGAGGGGUAGAAGGAUUACUUUUAUACUAUUCCAGGUAUUCCUUAAAGAGGUAGGGUUUCAAGUGUCUCCGGAAGGUGGUCAGUGACUCCGCUGUCCUGGUGUCGUGGGGGAGCUUGUUCCACCAUUGGGGUGCCAGAGCAGCGACUAGUUUUGACUGGGCUGAGCGCGAACUGUGCUUCCAGGCCAGAUGUGGAUGAACGUAGUGCCCUUGUUUGGGUGUAGGGUCUGAUCAGAGCCUGAAGGUAAGGAGGUGCCGUUCCCCUCACAGCUCCGUAGGCAAGCACCAUGGUCUUGUAGUAGAUGCAAGCCUCAACUGGAAGCCAGUGGAGUGUGAGCGGGGUGACAUGAGAGAACUUGGGAAGGUUGAACACCAGACGGGCUGCAGCGUUCUGGAUAAAUUGUAGGGGUUUAAUGGCACAGGCAGGGAGCCCAGCCAACAGCGAGUUGCAGUAAUCCAGACGGGAGAUGACAAGUGCCUGGAUUAGGACCUGUGCUGCUUCCUGUGUAAGGCAGGGUCGUACUCUGCAAAUGUUUUAGAGCAUGAACCUGCAGGAUCGGGUCACCGCUUUGAUGUUAGCGGAGAACGACAGGGUGUUGUCCAGAGUCACGCCAAGGUUCUUUGCACUCUGGGAGGAGCUAGAAGGCUAACAGGACUUCUAUCACUCCCAUUGUUUUGCACGCGACAAUGCUAAUGCUAAGCUAUGGGUAAGUAAACAAACACAUAUUUCUGGUUCCUGACUCUGAUUGGUGAUUUUUAGAUACGAUUACUUGCUUGUUGUCCCAAAAAUGACUAGUUCCUCUUCAGCUUCUCUCUCCUCAUGAAAUGGUUGCCUAUGUUCCACAGAGCAACAACCCAGUCAUUGAGUGUUCAGCAGAGGACAUGGUUCUACUGUGUGAGCUGGGGAACCCUUUCACCAGCAACCAGAGGGUAGGUUCUAGUUAAACUGGUACUGUCCACUACUUCUAUUGGACCACAGUGGAUAGAAUACAAGCUGGAUGCGAGCAUGGUACCAUAUAUAGGGUUUUAAAUGUGGAUUUCUACCACCCCUUCUCUUUUCCAGGCUCAGGUCCUGAUCACCUUUGAGACGUCUAAGAUCAAUCUGGACACCAGAGAGAUCCGGUCUACACUGCAGCUCUCCACGUAAAUGGCCCUCUCUUCUAUGUACACUACCUACUGUCAUUACCUACAUACAUCAUCCCUCAUCACAGCAUUGCUUCUGGAGUGGGUCAAUACCCAACUACAAUAAUCUGUGACAUUGAAUUGCUUCUCUACCUUUGUCCUCUCUCAGAUUGAGUAAACAGAGCAAUCUACAACCGCUGCCUCUUCUCAUGGUGGUGGAGUAUACACUAAAGACGUCUUUUGAACUGUAAGUUAUUGGUUUCUAGUCAUUUUAAGGGUAUGUUUUGAUUAUAGGCAUUAGGUAGCACCAUACUUCAUGUGGGAAAAGGGUCAAUUGUUUACCUUGUCACAUGGAUCUGAUUCAGUGUUACUGCCUCUCUUCUAGUGCCCAGUACACAGGUCACACUCACUUCAGUGGGGAGGUCAUGGGAGAAUCGGGCAUGAAGACUGCCAGCGACGUCGGAAGUCCUGUGGAGUUCACAUUUAAGGUAAAAAAUAGUUUGUUUAAACUUAGAAAUCAAUCCUUGCUAGCGUCUCUGAAGAUCCUAAUAAACAUCUUCCUCUCCUCAUAGGUGAAUGUUCUUGGGAAGCCACUGGGUAACCUUGGAAACCUGGAGGUGGAGUUUGAUUGGCCCUGGGAGGUAGCCAAUGGCAAGUGGCUGCUGUACCUGAUGGAGAUCCAGACCAAAGGGACGUCAGACUCUCACUGUGUGCCUCCUGGAGACAUCGUCAACCCACUCAACCUCACGGUAAACCUGUUGGAGUAUUAUCAGGGCUAUUUCAGUUGGGUUUUGUUUAUUCAGAAUCCCAGUAGCUGCUAUAUUAGCGUCCAUGUGUAAGGGAUCGGGGGUUGGCUGGGUCUAGACAGAGUCUGACACUUCCCCGAUCUACAGAGAGGGGGAGUCAUCAGACUCGAUCUGGUUCACCUGAGUUCUGAGCACACCUGUCCGUAAUUAGGGUAGGAUAUAAGGUGUGCUCAGAAGUUCAGUCGGUGCGAGGUAUUGUUCCAUUGUGACUUGCUAAGCGUUUUGUUCCGAGAGAGAGAGAGAGAGAGAGAGAGAGAGAGAGAGAGAGAGAGAGAGUUUGUUGUUUUUGAUUACCCGUGUAUCCGACCUGUGCCUUGUUGUUUGACUCCCCGUAUUGCUUAAUCCUCUGCUUGUCUACCCCAGUGAUUACCGUUCUCUGAUCCUGUGCCUGUGCCCUCGACUACGACUAAGCCCGCUCCCUUGGUACCUCUGCCUGUCUAUGCCUGGCCCGGUUUUGACCACAGCCCGCCCGACCACGAUUAAGCUAUUCCCUUGUCUGUCCUCUAAUAAAGCAUCGCUAUUCUGCGAUUGGAUCUUACCACUCUGUCCGAGUAUUCAUUACAGAAUACCUCGCCCUUACCAUGGAUCCAGCGGAAUUACAGAGGCGAUGGGAGAUACAGGAGAAACGGAUGGAUGAACUCCUGCAGCUACUCAACGCUGGUGCGGCUGAGGGCACCACCCCGAGCACGGUCAGUCCUCGUCCUACACCUCCGAUUUCUCUACCGACAAGGUACGACGGGGAACCUGGCAAAUCUCAGGGGUUUCUACUCCAGACGUCCCUGUAUAUGUCGUAUAAUCGUACGAUGUUUCCCGAUGACCGUAGCAGGGUGGAUUUCAUGAUUUCUCUGCUAACGGGAAGAGCACUGGAUUGGGCUACUGCGCUUUGGGCAGCUGAGGUCCCCGAGUUGAAUGCGGAAGUUCAGUUCAAGAGACUGUUCCAAGAGGUGUUCGACCACCCAGUAUCUGGGCGUAGUGUGGGAGACCAACUAUGCGAACUUCAGCAGGGCCGUCGCACAGUAGCCGACUACGCUUUGGAGUUCCGUACGAUAGCAGCCGGUAGCGGAUGGAGCGAGACUGCUUUGCUCACCGUUUUCCGAAGAGGGCUGCGCAAAGACGUACAGACUGAGUUGGCUUGUCGAGGAGAUAUCACUGCGCUACAUGAUUUUAUCAAAAUAGCCAUCUCUAUUGAUAAUCUGAUAGUGCAACACAAGGUUUCCACAGUCCGGGAGCCCUCGAUCACUGGUCCUAAGGAAUCUGAGGAGGAACCUAUGCAACUGGGACGGUCACCUCUACAAGGGUCGGUGAGACAACAACGUCGGCAAGACGGACUAUGCCUGUAUUGUGGUCAGUCGGGUCAUUUCGUUCGUCAAUGUCCGGUACGACCAAACCGUACCCCAGGAUAUCGCCUCGGAACUGCCAAACCGGUGAGUGAGACUCCAGUUUUGAACAUUACAUCCAAACAAAUGUAUGUCCCAGUCACCUUAUCUGUCGGAGAGAAAGUGCGCAGGUUGGAAGGACUUAUUGAUUCCGGAGCGGCUGCCAGCUUUCUGGAUAUGGGUCUUGCUGAGGAGUUGGGAGUUCAACUUAUCCCAAUUCAACCUCCCCUGCGAGUCAACGCGCUAGACGGUGAGCCCAUGGGCACUGGGUUCAUUACGCACCGUACCGAGGAAAUCAAAUUACAAGUGGGCUCCCUGCACCAUGAGAACAUCAUUCUGUUCGUCAUCUCCGCUCCACGGGAGCCGCUAGUCCUCGGCCACCCCUGGCUCGUUACCCAUGAUCCGGUCAUCUCCUGGAGAUCUGGCGAUAUCACGGCCUGGAGUGAGGUAUGUAGGGCAGAGUGCCUCAUUUUACCUUGCAAAACGUCUACUGUGGAGGAUGCGAAGGGUGCGGUGUCUACUGUUGUUCCGACAGAGUACCAGGAUUACGCGCAGGUGUUCUCCAAGGAGAGGGCUACCGUGUUACCACCGCAUCGGGCCUGGGAUUGUGCAAUUGAUCUGCUAUCCGGGGCUACACCUCCUCGCGGACGAAUCUACCCUUUGUCACAGCCGGAACGAGAAUCAAUGAGCAAGUAUAUUGAUGAGGCACUACAGCAAGGGGCCAUUCGCCCAUCUACGUCUCCCGCCGCAUCCAGUUUUUUCUUUGUUAAGAAAAAGGAUGGCGGACUGCGUCCUUGUAUAGACUAUCGAGGUUUGAACGAUAUUACCGUUAAAAAUCGUUACCCCCUUCCUUUGAUUCCAGCAGCCCUCGAGCAGGUGGGGCAGGCAUCCAUCUACAGUAAACUGGACCUCAGGAGUGCGUACAAUCUGGUGCGCAUUAGAGAAGGGGACGAAUGGAAGACCGCCUUCAUCACCCAUUGAGGACAUUAUGAAUAUUGUGUCAUGCCCUAUGGACUUACUAACGCGCCCUCUGUGUUCCAGGCGUUCAUGAAUGACAUUUUCAGGGACUUGAUUGAUCGCUUUGUCAUAGUGUACAUUGAUGACAUCCUAAUCUACUCUAACUCGCUGCGUGAACAUGUGUCCCAUGUACGACAGGUUCUGGACCGAAUCCGACAACACUCUCUGUUCGUGAAGGCCGAAAAGAGUGAAUUCCAUGUCACGACGAUUUCCUUCCUUGGGGCCAUACUCACUCCCGACGGGGUAAAACUGGAUGAAUCCAAGGUGCAAGCUGUACGAGACUGGCCUCAACCCCAGACGGUGAAAGAGCUCCAGAGAUUCUUAGGGUUUGCCAAUUACUAUAGACGGUUCGUGCGUAAUUUCAGCACAACCGCAGCUCCCCUGUCGGCGAUGACCAGCUACAAGGGUCGUGGUCUGAAAUGGACGGAGGGGGCAGUGCGGGCUUUUGAGACAUUGAAACAACGAUUUACCACCGCUCCCAUUUUAUGUCAGCCGGAUCCUACCUUGCCGUUCAUCGUGGAGGUGGACGCCUCGGAGGUUGGAGUUGGAGCUGUGCUAUCCCAGCGCCAAGGUGAGCCGCCCAAAUCACGACCCUGUGCUUUUUUUUCUAAGAAGCUGAAUCCGGCCGAGCAGAACUACGACGUGGGAAAUCGUGAACUACUGGCGGUGAAGUUAGCACUGGAGGAGUGGAGACAUUGGCUGGAGGGAGCAGCUCAUCCGUUCCAAGUGCUCACGGACCACCGCAAUCUGGAGUAUCUUCACAGUGCUAAGCGACUGAACUCCCGACAGGCAAGGUGGUCUUUAUUCUUCACCCGUUUCCAAUUCACUGUCUCUUAUAUUCCCGGGUCCAAGAAUUGUAAGGCGGACGCGCUUUCCCGUUGGUUCGAGCGCGAUGAAAGACCGGUGGAACCAGAACCUAUCCUCCCCAUGAGUUGCCGUGCUGGUCCUGUGAGGUGGGCUAUCGAUGACACGAUUCAGGAGAGCCUACAAGCGGAACCAGCUCCUCCAGAAACCCCGGUGUCAAGGUGUUUGUACCAGCUCCGCUUCGACCUCAACUGAUGGAAUGGUGCCACACGUCGCUGGGAUCUGGUCAUCCCGGAAUCACUCGAACUACACGACUCAUCAGCCGAAAAUACUGGUGGGAUUCCCUCACAGAUGAUGUCAGAGACUAUGUCUUAUCCUGUCCAGUAUGUGCUCAGUCCAAGGUACCUCGUGCACUACCGGAGGGUAAGCUGAUGCCAUUGCCAACUCCUCAACGACCCUGGUCGCACAUUGCAAUGGACUUUGUUACCGACCUACCAGAAUCAGAGGGCCAUACUGUAAUUCUCGUGGUCAUCGAUCGUUUCUCCAAGAUGUGCCGGUUGGUACCCAUGACCCGUUUGCCUAACGCCACUCAGAUGGCUGAGACUAUGUUUACCCAGGUGUUCCGGCAGUUUGGUGUCCCGGAGGAUAUUGGAGCAGAUUCCUUCCUUGGGUAGAGUAUGCUCAGAACUCCCUCAUUCACACCUCCCUACGCCUAACGCCCUUCCAGUGUGUUAUAGGGUAUCAACCACCCCUGUUCCCGUGGGAUGCCGCAUCAGGGAUGGUACCGGCGGUGGAUGAGUGGUUCCGUCGGAGUGCGCAGGUCUGGGAGACAGAGUCUGACACUUCCCCGAUCUACAGAGAGGGGGAGUCAUCAGACUCGAUCUGGUUCACCUGAGUUCUGAGCACACCUGUCCGUAAUUAGGGUAGGAUAUAAGGUGUGCUCAGAAGUUCAGUCGGUGCGAGGUAUUGUUCCAUUGUGACUUGCUAAGCGUUUUGUUCCGAGAGAGAGAGAGAGAGUUUGUUGUUUUUGAUUACCCGUGUAUCCGACCUGUGCCUUGUUGUUUGACUCCCCGUAUUGCUUAAUCCUCUGCUUGUCUACCCCAGUGAUUACCGUUCUCUGAUCCUGUGCCUGUGCCCUCGACUACGACUAAGCCCGCUCCCUUGGUACCUCUGCCUGUCUAUGCCUGGCCCGGUUUUGACCACAGCCCGCCCGACCACGAUUAAGCUAUUCCCUUGUCUGUCCUCUAAUAAAGCAUCGCUAUUCUGCGAUUGGAUCUUACCACUCUGUCCGAGUAUUCAUUACACCAUGUGUUCCUAAUGUUAUGGUUCCAGAUGGAAAUCUCAACUUCAAGUCCACAGUUGAUCAAGUUGUUGUCAAUAUAACACCUAAAAACCAGCUACUUUUAAGUGUCAAUACUAUAAUACUGUGAGUUAUGAGGUCUGUGCCUUUUUCUCUGGUCUCCUUUUUCUCAUAGUUACCAGAGAGCAAAGCCAGGAGGAGGAGAAGGCGAGAGGAGGGCUCCACAGAGGAGGUGCACCCAAGAGAACCCAAGGCUUCCAUCAAUCUGAAGGGAACUCGCAAGAAGUCCUUUAAACUGGUGAGGGCCGUCCCCACCAUCUUAUACAUAAGCCUAUGACCUGAAGCAUUGAAUUGUCUCCCUGAGCCUACGCCCAGGCUUUGGCUUAGUGGGCCAAUGCUCUCCUCUGGUGAGCAGGAGACCUGGGUUUGAACCCCGUCGGUCACAUUAUGCACUCAACUGAAAUACAGUGGGGAGAACAAGUAUUUGAUACACUGCCGAUUUUGCAGGUUUUCCUACUUACAAAGCACGUAGAGGUCUGUAAUUUUUAUCAUAGGUACACUUCAACUGUGAGAGACGGAAUCUAAAACAAAAAUCCAGAAAAUCACAUUGUAUGAUUUUUAAGUAAUUAAUUUGCAUUUUAUUGCAUGACAUAAGUAUUUGAUCACCACCAACCAGUAAGAAUUCCGGCUCUCACAUCCUGUUAGUUUUUCUUUAAGAAUCCCUCCUGUUCUCCACUCAUUACCUGUAUUAACUGCACCUAUUUGAACCCGUUACCUGUAUAAAAGACACCUGUCCACACACUCAAUCAAACAGACUCCAACCUCUCCACAAUGGCCAAGACCAGAGAGCUGUGUAAGGACAUCAGGGAUUAAAUUGUAGACCUGCACAAGGCUGGGAUGGGCUACAUGACAAUAGGCAAGCAGCUUGGUGAGAAGGCAACAACUGUUGGCGCAAAUAUUCGAAAAUGGAAGAAGUUCAAGAUGACGGUCAAUCACCCUUGGUCUGGGGCUCCAUGCAAGAUCUCACCUCGUGGGGCAUCAAUGAUCAUGAGGAAGGUGAGGAAUCAGCCCAGAACUACACGGAAGGACCUGGUCAAUGACCUGAAGAGAGCUGGGACCACAGUCUCAAAGAAAACCAUUAGUAACACACUACGCCGUCAUGGAUUAAAAUCCUGCAGCGCACGCAAGGUCCCCCUGCUCAAGCCAGCGCAUGUCCAGGCCCAUCUGAAGUUUGCCAAUGACCAUCUGGAUGAUCCAGAGGAGGAAUGGGAGAAGGUCAUGUGGUCUGAUGAGACAAAAAUAGAGCUUUUUGGUCUAAACUCCACUUGCCGUGUUUGGAGGAAGAAGAAGGAUGAGUACAACCCCAAGAACACCAUCCCAACCGUGAAGCAUGGAGAUGGAAACAUCAUUCUUUGGGGAUGCUUUUCUGCAAAGGGGACAGGACGACUGCACCGUAUUGAGGGGAGGAUGGAUGGGGCCAUGUAUCGCGAGAUCUUGGCCAACAACCUCCUUCCCUCAGUAAGAGCAUUGAAGAUAGGUCGUGGCUGGGUCUUCCAGCAUGACAACGACCCGAAACACACAGCCAGGGCAACUAAGGAGUGGCUCCGUAAGAAGCAUCUCAAGGUCCUGGAGUGGCCUAGCCAGUCUCCAGACCUGAACCCAAUAGAAAAUCUUUGGAGGGAGCUGAAAGUCCGUAUUGCCCAGCAUCAGCCCCGAAACCUGAAGGAUCUGGAGAAGGUCUGUAUGGAGGAGUGGGCCAAAAUCCCUGCUGCAGUGUGUGCAAACCUGGUCAAGACCUACAGUAAAUGUAUGAUCUCUGUAAAUGCAAACAAAGGUUUCUGUACCAAAUAUUAAGUUCUGCUUUUCUGAUGUAUCAAAUACUUAUGUCAUGCAAUAAAAUGCAAAUUAAUUACUUUAAAAUCAUACAAUGUGAUUUUCUGGAUUUUUGUUUUAGAUUCCGUCUCUCACAGUUGAAGUGUACCUAUGAUAAAAAUUACAGACCUCUACAUGCUUUGUAAGUAGGAAAACCUGCAAAAUUGGCAGUGUAUCAAAUACUUGUUCUCCCCACUGUAUGUAUGCCCAAAUGGUGUUCUGGUGCUAACUCCCUUUCAACUGUUGUCUGUAGGACUGUGUCACGGGCACUGCUCACUGUGUGAAAUUCAUCUGCCCUCUCCACAACAUGAACAACACAGCAACAAUAAUUGUCAGGGCCAGAGUGUGGAACAGCACCAUGCUGGAGGUAAAGUCACCAAAGCACAGUGGUCUAGUCUUAAUGUGAACUUUCUCCUCAACUUCAUUAGAGUGAAGCCACGUGAAUGGAAUGGGUGUACCAAUAAAGUCCUGUAUAUGUGUUGUGUUUCCAUAGGACUACAGGGAAGCGUGGCGGGUGACAGUGAAUGGCAAGGCCACACUGAAACUGGUCACAGACAAACCCACCAUCAGGAUGAACACUGAGAGCACAGAGGUAAUAACACCAUACUAUUCAUACUAUAAUAAAAGCUAGGCUACAUCCAUACUAAUUUAAAGGUCAUUUCCAUGAUGAUUGCUGUUUGAUGACGAUGAUGAUAGUUGAUACAUGAUAGAGGAGGAAUAUACAUAACGAUAUUGAGGAUACGUUUUUACAUAUAGCGUAAAUGCAGACAUAGUUAAUGUCCUCUGUUUGAUAUCCCCUGUGUAGUUCACCCUGGAUAUAGACCCAGAGCUGGGGGAGGAGGCUCCGUACCAGGUCCCCCUGUGGAUCAUCAUUGUGUCUGCUGUCGCUGGGGUCCUCCUUCUGGCCUUCAUCAUCCUCCUCAUGUGGAAGGUAACGAUCCAGUACAUUAGUUAUUAUAAUGGUCUGCCAGUUAGGUCCAAUUGAACAAAUAACCUGCCCUGACGUUAGCAGCAAGAGGAGAAUGGAGAUUCAAUUUCACCUCCAACAACAAAUCCACGCAAACUGUUAGAUGACACGGGUACCGCGAGACUUCUACUAUCCACUGGUUCAAAAGGUCCACCUUUUUGGAUCCACAAUGGAUCCUGUUUGACUUGUUAUUCUGACCGCCUUCCCCUCCUCAGUGUGGCUUCUUCAAGAGAGCCAGCACCAGGGAGAUGUACGAGGCCAAGGCCCAGAAAGCUGAGAUGAAGACCCAGCCGUCGGAGGUGGAGAGGCUGACUGAAGAGUAGUGAGGCUGGGGGAGGGAGGUCCCCCUGUGGGCCUCUGGAACAAUGCACUGGGUUUCCUGGGUAAAAUAAUAGUCCUUCCGUCUGUGACUCCUUGCAGCUUCCAAUGGCUUUUUGCAGCUUGCAGUGACUUUCCUUAACUUCAGUCUUUCCUUCUUGCUGUCAAAUUAUCCAUGUUUUAAGGGUUUCUCUUAAUCAAGAGUAUCUAUCCACAGGGGAAACAGCAUUUCAGAGGCUGUGACUUCUCUGAUUGACUUUUAUGUUUAUUUCAACUAUUUUCCCAUUGCUAUCUAUUUAGUCUCUUCUCCUAACCAGCUUUGCAGAGCUUGAGUAUAUUGGUUGUGUGGUGAUUUUAUCAUGUAUUUCACAUAUAUCAUGAUACCCGUGAUUACAUUAGAAAGAUGUCAAGUAUCAAAACAAUAGCAGGACUGAGAUUGCCUCCAUUAAUGAUACUGGUGGCACCAAUGUAGAAAUACUUAUAAUAAGAACAUGCUAAUACCAAAGUCUACACUUUUCAAAUGUUCACUUUGUUUUUCGUCUACCAUCGUCCCACAGUGUGGCUUUUUCAAGCGGCCCAACCACUUCAAGAUGACGCCAACACACCAGGGAGUGAAGAUUGGCAAAGAGGAGCGCUACCAGGUAAACGAGGGAUUCCUCAUCGAGGAGCCAAACCCCAAUAAAAAAAAGAAGCACUGGAUCACAAACUGGACUGAAAUACAGCAUUACUACUGACUGAUGCCUUCAACACUACCACUACUCUUAUUGAGAAACUCUAUCUCAGUAUGCACUGGCUGGGCGCAAGUCUGGAUUUGUGGACAUUAUUGGGAACAGGACUGAUGGUGUUAUGACUGACAUAUUCCUUAUAGUGUACAAGAUUGAAUGCUCUGGACCAAAAUGUUAUUUUCUAGAAUUGUACUUUUAAUGUUAGUUGUUUUGAUGUCAAUAAGAACAUACACUGAGUGUACCAAA